AUGGUUGAGAAGGCAAGAAUGAAUUUUGCAAGAUGGUGGUACCAUGCUAAUAUACCUUUCAAUGCCGCUCACUCUGUGUAUUAUCAAGAAGCUUUAGAUAGUGUAGCAGCUAUUGGGCCUGGUUUUAAGGGACCUUCUUAUCAUGACUUGAGGGGGCCUUUAUUACAAAAACAUGUGGGUGAAAUGAAUGAUUAUCUCUUAGAUGUGAAAAAUGAUUGGAAAGUUUAUGGGUGUUCAAUUAUGUCAGAUGGGUGGACAAAUCAAAAGAGAGCUCCAAUCAUUAAUUUUUUAGUGUAUUGUCCUAGAGGUACCAUGUUUCUUAAAUCCCUUGAUGUGUCAGGCCUAACAAAGGAUGCAGAUACAUUGUUUAAGUUGUUUGAUAAUGGGCCUGAGAACGUUGUGCAGUUCAUUACAGAUAAUGAUGCUUCUUACAAGUCUGCAGGAAAGAAGCUAAUGCAGAAAUAUGGGACAUUCUAUUGGUCUCUUUGUGCAGCCCAUUGCAUUGAUUUAAUGUUGGAAAAUUUUUCUGAUAAAAGAUAUUUUCCUAUCAUUUAUGAAACCAUUCAAAAGGCUCAAAAGAUUACCAAAUUCAUAUACAACCAUGGCAAGAUUUUAGCUUUGAUGAGAAGCGACUUCACUAAUGGUAGGGAUUUGAUUCGUCCAGCCAUCACAAGGGAUGUCAUGGGAAAGGAGGUGGCUGCAAUUGUUUUGGAAGAUAGAGAGUUUUGGUUACAAUGUCAACAAAUAGUGAAGAUUAGUGAGCCUUUGGUUAGAGUACUACGUCUUGUAGAUGGGGAUGAAAAACCAUCAAUGGGAUACUUGUAUGAGGCAAUGGAUAAAGCAAAGGAGAAUAUAAAAGCAAGGUUGAAGAAUAAAAUUUCUGCAUAUAUACCAUUUACUAGUGUCAUUGAUGCUAGAUGGGAUAAACAACUCCAUAGUCCAUUGCAUGCAGUAGGUUGUUAUCUUAACCCUGGAAUCUUCUUUAGGCCGUCAUUUAAGAAGCAAAAAGAUGUUACAAAAGGCCUACUUAGUACCAUUACAAGGCUGGUUUCUGAUCCUGAUGAGCAAGAUAUUCUUAGUUCUCAAAUUGAAUUAUACAAAAAGUCUUUAGGUGACUUUGGAAUGCCUAUGGCAAUCCGCCAACGUGAAAAACUAAGUCCAAUUGCUUGGUGGGAGCAAUUUGGAAAUGACACUCCGGAAUUACAAAAGUUUGCAAUUCGAGUGCUAAGUCAGUGUUGUAGUGCAACUGGUUGUGAAAGAGCUUGGAGCACAUUUGAGUUUGUCCAUUCCAAGAGGAGAAAUAGGCUUGAGCAUAAACGUUUGAAUGACUUGGUGUAUGUUCGGAACAUUAGAAGGACAAAGGAUUACUUGGAUCCUAUAAGCCUUGAUAAUAUUGAGGAAUCUGAAUUUUUGUUACUAAGUGAGGAAGAUGUGAAUUGGGAUAGCAUUGAAGAACCAUUAGCAACAAUGACUUUAGAAGAUAAUGAUGAUGAUGAUGAUGUUGUUGUUCUUGAUGAGGAAGAUGGUGAAAAUGAUGUUGUGUUGACAGAUGCUAAUACUCAUGUGUAUUAUGGUCCUGAUGUGUUGAAGGUUGGUGUGAGUUUAGGGGCUGAAUUUGUUGUAAACUGGGUAGAGGAAGAGAAGUUUGGGGUGGUGCUAAAUAGGGAUGAAUUUACAAGGGCUAUAGAUCAGUUGAUGGAAGAAGGAGACGCAGGAGAAGAAAGAAGAAAGAGAGUUAGAGAGCUUGGGGAGAUGGCCAAGGGUGCAAUGGAGGGUUCUUCCUAUCUCAACAUGAAACUCUUGAUCCAAGAUGUCAUGCAACAAGUUAUGGGAAAAUUAGAAUAUGAUCAUUUUGGUUGUUGCAUGUGA